GCAUAUUUUUCUACGUUCAAAUUUUACUUGUUACAGAGUGUAAGAAAUUUUAGACGUUGCUCUGCGCGAAUUCUAAAGCACCGCAGAGUGAAAUCUAUCGGUAGAAAACCAGAGACUGCCUUAUAAAUUGAACUAGAAGGUUUCCACCACCUGUAACAAAACCUUAACAGUCCUUAUUUUGUUAGGCAAGAGGAGAUCAAUGGCUGUGGGAGUGGCAGGAGGGAUCUCCGAGGCCGCAGAUGCUGCCGCUUGGCUCUUCGCGGUGGUGGCGACGGCGGCCGUAGCCACGGUGCUUGUACUGUACUUGUAUGCACCCUACUGGGGGGUGAGGAAGGUGCCGGGACCUCCCGCCACGCCUCUCGUCGGACACCUGCCCUUGCUCGCAAAGUACGGGCCCGACGCCUUCGCUGUCCUCGCCAAGGCUUACGGCCCGGUAUUUAGGUUCCACCUGGGGAGGCAACCAAUAAUAAUUGUUGCAGAUCCUGAGCUAUGCAAAGAGGUGGGCAUUAAGAAGUUCAAGAGCAUCACCAAUAGGAGCUUACCAUCACCCAUUGCUGGGUCCCCUCUCCACCAAAAGGGUCUCUUUUUCACAAGGGAUUCAAGGUGGCAAGAAAUGAGGAACACUAUAAUCUCUCUCUACCAACCUUCUCACUUAGCUAGCCUCAUCCCUAUCAUGCAAUCAUAUAUAGAAUCCGCGACACAAACACUCUCUUCAGACAAAGGGAAGGACUUAACCUUUUCCGAACUCUCUCUCAAGUUGGCCACCGAUAUCAUCGGCCAAGCAGCAUUUGGUGCCGAUUUCGGCCUUUCGAAAGAAGGAUCUUUACAAGAGUCCAAUGUAGAUGAUGAUGUCUCUGCCUUUGUUAAAGAACAUAUGUACUCCACCACCUCAUUAAAGAUGGAUCUCUCUGGCUCCUUUUCUAUCAUUGUGGGAUUACUUGUUCCAAUUCUGCAAGAACCAUGCAAACAGAUUCUGAAAAGAAUCCCCGGAACCGCAGAUUGGAAGAUAGAGAAAACCAAUAGUAAGCUUGGUAAAAGACUAAAUGAGAUAGUUGCUAAAAGGGAACAAGAGAAGGAAAGGGACUACUGUAGGGACUUUUUAUCAGCUAUAUUGAAUGCUCGGGAGUCGAAUGAUGCGUCGAGAGAGCUAUUCACUUCGGACUACGUAAGUGCUCUCACUUAUGAGCACCUUCUUGCUGGAUCGGCGACGACUUCGUUCACUCUAUCAUCAGUUAUUUACUUGGUCUCCAAACACCCGGAAGUGGAGGAGAAGCUAAUAAAAGAAAUCGACGAAUUUGGGCCGGCUGAUUCGGCUCCAACUGCUGAUGAUCUUCAGCACAAAUUUCCCUAUCUUGAUCAAGUGAUAAAAGAGGCCAUGAGGUUUUACACCGUCUCGCCGUUGAUUGCAAGGGAGACAUCUCGAAGAGUUGAUGUUGGUGGUUAUGUCCUUCCGAAGGGCACAUGGGUUUGGCUAGCACCGGGCGUACUUGCGAAGGACCCGAAAAACUUCCCAAACCCGAAUGAGUUUCGGCCCGAGAGAUUCGACCCGGAUUGCGAAGAAGAGAAGCAGAGGCAUCCUUAUGCACAUAUACCAUUUGGAAUUGGACCUAGAUCAUGUAUAGGGCAGAAGUUCUCGUUGCAAGAGAUCAAGUUAUCGGUCAUACAUCUGUACCGCAACUACGUCUUCAGGCACUCUCCACAGAUGGAAUCUCCACUUCAGUUUCAGUAUGGAAUUGUUCUUAAUUUCAAGCAUGGUGUCAAACUUCAAGUCAUAAAGAGACAUACUGCUUAACAAAUAAAACUCUGCUUAGUUUGAUGCACAAUAAAAAAAAAGAAGUAUGUAGGAAUACCUUAUAGGAAUGUAAAUUUACUCAAACUUCAUCAAGUGUACUUAUCUAUUCGAGCUCUCUAGAUCAUUCGCUUGCAAUUGAUCGAAAGUGUGGUAGUGAUCAAUUCGAUCAAUUUAA